UAUCCUCUCAUCAUCUCCUUUCAAUUUUUACUUCUGUCUUUAGUCACUUUAAUGUGGCACAUAAAAAUGAUGUAAACAAGAAAAUGUGGACUUGUCUCUGUUUUCCGGCAAGUUGACCUCCCGCUGUGCUUUGAAGUAGACUUAGAAAAGAGGAAGUGCAUUUCAGAACUAGAUUUUGGUGAUAAUUGCAAAUUUUUCUCAUGUAAGUUUGAAUAAGGAAGUCAAGUCCAGUCCCAGUCAAGAUCUUUCUUUACACCGCUAAAAUGCCCGGGCCAGAUGUUUUUGACUUGGAAGUUUUUGUCGAAUCGGGAAAUGGUGAAAGGGCUGCAGCUUCAACAUCUUCUGAAAAUGACUACGCCUCAGUCAGCGAGGCACGAUCGAAUUCAAAGCCAACGAACGGUGACAAGCUGGGAAGGUCAAAGUUGACAGAAGAGACAAAGGCCUUAGUAGCUUUGGCCGUUCUUCUGCUCUUAGCGUUAGCGGCUGGUCGUUGGGUCGAAUACGAGAAGAUUCAGAUUAACAGGAUGUUCCAAAAACUGAAGGCUGAUUAUGAGGCGUUGAAAGCCAAUGGGUCAACCAGCCAGAAGGGCACGUGCACGAAAUGUGACGAAUGCUGGGAGCCUAAUGGAGAAAGCUGCUACUAUUUCUCUCCAGAUGCUUUGACUUGGGAGGACAGUCGAAGAUUUUGCACUAACAGCUCCGGCGAUCUGGUGAAGAUCGACAGCUACAACAAGCAGAAAUUUUUGGCACGGAGACUGUUGGACAUAAUGUCCUUUGAAGAGGACAAGUUUUGGAUCGGCCUGACGGACUCUCAGCAGGAGGGUCAAUGGCUGUGGACGGACGGCUCCCCUCUAAAUCUCAGCUUGGCAUUCUGGGCCCCAUGGGAGCCUGACGAUUGGGUGAACGAGAGAGGCGGCGAAGACUGUGCACGCAUUGGUGACCCGGACAUUGCAAAAGAAUUGCAGAGCUGGUUCGACAGAGCCUGUAGCAUUCCGCACAGGUGGAUUUGUGAGAAAGCGGCGCAGAAAGGAUGAAAACUUCACCUGAUUACCAUUACUUUUGAAACUCCACAGAAAGACAACAAAAUGAAUAGAAUGCCAUUUCACAAAAAUUGCGCCUCAUAUUCCUCCUCCAAGCACGUUCUUUUUUGUUGUUGUUGUUGUUGUUGUUAAAAAAAAACUUGCAAAAACUUGCCUCUUUCAUGUAGAGCCCUGGAAAGUGGUACAAAUGAUUUUUUUUUUUUCGCUGUGCUAACGUUUGUUAAGGGAAAACCUAUCGUAAUUUUCGCGCUGUAAGGCGCACCUGACUAUAAACCGCCACCCACCAAAUUUUACACGAAAACAGCAUUUGUUCAUAGAUAAGCCGCACCAGACUAUAAGCCGCAGCUGUCCUCACUGUAUAAUGGGAUAUUUACUACACCAAAAGAUACUAACCGGUAACAAUUUAUUUGACAUCGGCAUCAUAAACUGUCAAAGACCAAAUGAAAUUGAAGCUUUGAACCAAUUUGCUGCAAAGCUUCAUUGCUUCAAGGAACUUCAUUUGGCCUCACUGCUCCCUUGGUGGAGAUAGUCAACCUCUGCUGCCACCAGCUGUCAUCACUGUUGUCGUCCAACAUGCCUCCAAGCAUGCACUGGAGCGCUACAAAUGUAAAUAACAAUCAAAAUUCAUUCUGUGCUAAUUAUUUCUUCAGUUACUGUUCCAGUUGUUUCAUUAAUUGCUAGUUAUGGUAUUUGGUAACACUUUAUUUGACAGUGGCGCCAUAAGACUGUCAUAAGACAAUCAUACUUAUGACAUGACACUGCCGUGAGCGUUAAAGUGAUCUUCUAACUUAAAUACAUGUAGGCUCUAAUUAAACCACAAUUGUUCUCUUGUACUAAAAUAUGUUGUUAGAAACACAUAAAAUGUUAAAUCAAUGGCAAUAUUUUAUAAUAUUUAGUCCAUAUUUUGACCGUUAGUUGGCGCCAUGGUUUGCGGGCUCGCAGUGAUGACGUCAUUGGCAUCUUUCGUGUUUAACAAUUGCUUAUUGCUGCCUAAACUCGCGAAGUAAAAUGCCACGAUGUGCUGCUUUUGGAUGCAAUUUCCAGUCAAAUGGAAACAAGGGGAGUGAAGUGAGUGGUCAAGGUGGAAUUAUUAUUUUUUGUGAAUAAAUGUGCAC